AAGGGAGGAGGAGAACCGGUCCUCCAACUUCCCAGACUGCAACGCGAAGCGGGUCGCGUCGCUCAGCCCCCCCUCCCUUCGUCUCCUCUACCUUUUCCCUCGGCGGCCCGCCGCCAUGUUGUGGUAGUUCGGGGAUCGGCAGCGGCGGCGGGCGCUCACCCACCGGCUGUAAGAAGCCACCGCUGUCGGGAAAAGCGGGGGAAAUCCUGAGGCGCCUGUAUUGCGCUUUCUCAGGACCCCGGCGCCAUGGCAGCUACUUUGGGAGGAGGAGGAGGAGGUGCAGAUGAUGACUUUGAUCAGUUUGAUAAGCCUGGUGCAGAAAGAUCAUGGAGGAGAAGAACUGGAGAUGAUGACUGGGACAGUGAAUUAGAUGAUGACUUGCUAGGAGAAGAUUUGCUGACUGGCAAAAAGACCCAGUCAGAUAUGUCAGAUGAAGAACUGAACGAUGAUCUCCUACAGAGUGACAAUGAAGAGGAUCAACACUUCAGUACGCAGGAUGUUUCUGUAAGUCUUAAUGCUACAUCUGGCAUGGUGGCCUCUUUUGAGCUCUCGGAGACAGCUAAUGAUCCGUCCGUUGAGCAAGAUUCAGAAUAUGAACAAGGGGAGGAUGACUUGGGUUAUGACAAACCGGAAGUGGCUGAAGAGUAUGCUGAGGAAUACACAGAAGGACAGUAUGAAGGCCAAGAAGCUGAACUAACAGAAGAUCAGAUAGAAUAUGGAGACGAUCCGGGCGAGGAAGAGAUUUAUAACGAUGAAGUGUUAGAUCUUGAAAUCAAUGAACCUCUAGAUGAAUUUCCAGAUGAAGAUUAUAUGCAAUCCUAUAAUGACCAGGAAGCCAUCGAACAGCAGGAAUAUGUAGCUGAAGAAGAAUUAGAAGAGAUUACUGAUGCCCAGACACCUCCCAAUGAGUCAGAAGAGGCAGUUAUUGAAAAUUUGGAGCUACAAGAAGAAAUCAAAGAAGAAUCUGACGAGGAAGAGGAAGAUGAUGAAGAAUCUGGUCGACUCCGUUUCAAAACUGAGAGGAAAGAAGGAACAAUCAUCAGACUGUCAGAUGUAACAAGGGAAAGAAGAAACAUUCCAGAAACUUUGGAGCUCUCUGCUGAAGCCAAAGCAGCAUUACAUGAAUUUGAAGAGAGGGAAAGGCAAAUGAAGCAAGGACGUUACGGCUCGAGAAGAGGAGGAAGACGAGGGGGGCCUUUAAUAUGCCGUGGAAUGGGAGAACAGAGGAGAGAGAGUAGCGAAAGGGGGAGAAUGAAGGAUCACAGGCCUGCACUACUGACAACCCAGACAACUGUUACGACGCAUUCCGACAGGAUCUUUCGUCAUCAGCAGCCCAUUAGGAAUCUCUUCCAGCCACAGCAGCAGCAGCAACAGCCGCCUUUACAGGGUCUGCUACCCAUUCCCACUCAACAUCGCACACCACCCCCUCCCCCUCAAGGAAUUCAUAUGCCACCCCAGCUGGAAACACCAAGAAUACUGAUGACUCCUCCUCCAGUGACAUCCCAGCAGCCAAAAAACAUACAUAUAAACCCACAUUUCAAAGGGACCGUAGUAACGCCUGUGCAAGUGCCCUUGCUGCCAGUCCCAACCCAGCCAAGACCUGCAGUAGGACCCCAGAGAUUUCCUGGUCCUCCCGAUUUUCAGCAGAACGCUCCUGGCCCUGUACCUACCAGCUUCAAUCAAGCCCCCAGACUCUCCCUGCAGGAUCAGUGGAGAGGGCCCCCACCUCCUUUGCCCCCACCGCCUCCGCAGGACAGAGAGCCGUUCUUCAUGGGAGAGCCAAGAUUUCCCAACCACCACCUGUUUGAGCAGCGGAGCCCCCCUCCACCACCACCGCCGCCGCUUCUCAACAAUACCCAUCCUGUUCCCAGCCCAAAUCCUCUUGCUUUCAACCAGCCCGGACCGGGUUUUAAUCAGCAGGGCCAACAGCCCAUAUUUCCUAGGGAGAGGAUGGUGAGGCCGAACCUUCAGCCGCAGGGCCCAGUGGGCGUCCUUCACUUCAGCCAACCCGGAGCCGCAAAUGCACGGCCCUUCCUCCCUCCCAGGCAGUCCUUCCUGCAGCUCCCGGGGCAGCCAUUUUUAACAACGCUCACCCAGCCCAACAUGCAGUGCCUCUUUAAUCUCCAGCCCUCAAGGAGACCUCAAAUGGCUCAGCAGCUUCAGGGUGCCUUGCAUCCUCCUUUGCAGCAACACCAACACCAACAGCAUCAGCAGCACCCGCCCCCGCCACCACAGCAUCAGCAGCACCCGCAGCCUCAGCAGCAGCACCCGCAGCAUCCCCAGCCACCCCAGCAGCAUCACCAGCAACACCAGUCGCAUCAGCAGCAGCAUCACCUUCUUGCUGUGCCUCCCCAGCCUCUGAUCCCGGUGGCCCCGUCCCAGUUCAGACCUCAUAUGCAAACAUCACAGCAACAGCCAAGUGGCAACCGGAUGCAGUGUCAGCAGCGGCAAGGUCUGGUAAAAGCCAGGCAUAACAUGCCAAACCAAAACAUGGCAAAGCGUCCAAACCAGCAGCUCCCACCACCUGCCCAAAGGAAUAGUAACUUGCGUGAAUUACCAAUAGCACCAUUGCAUGCUAUUGAGGCUGCGAACAACCGACGAACCUCAGCCCCUGCUGCUCAAGUGAAACCCAUCACCAGCACCACCCCAGCUGUAAGGCCGGUUCCCAGCAUCAGGAACCAACAGGGGAAGGUUGAAGCCAAACCUAGGGCUGUUACUCCCGUGGCACAGCAGCCUAAAGUGGAGGUUAAAUCGGAGCCGGAGUUCCCAGAUGAAGAUGAAGAGACCAGACUUUAUCGCUUGAAGAUAGAGGAGCAGAAGCGUCUGAGGGAAGAGAUCCUGAAACAGAAGGAGCUCAGGCGGCAACUUCAGGCUGGGGCCCGAAAGAGAGAGUUGCUUGAAAGACUUGCUCAACAGCAGCAACAGCAGCAGCAGCAGCAGCAGCAACAACAACAACAACAACAACAACAUCAACAACAACAACAACAACAACAGCAUGGCCCUUCUAGGCAACAGCAGGAGGAGGACACUUCCUCAUCAUCCACCAAUGGAAGCCCACUGCUGCCUCUUCCUGGUGCCCCACCCCGCCAAAAUGUGAAAUGCAGGCUAAUGGUUAAAAAACAGGACUCAGUAGCUCCGAAUCCACCCACUCCUCAGCUUAAGCCUGCAAACCUUCCACAGGCUGGAGAUAAUGCACAGUUUCAAGGACAGCAAAUAAAAACAGUAAAGCAGCUAAGACAGACUAGGGCAAUGCCUGAAAAUGAACUCCAGCUGCCUUAUAAAGGGUUUCAAAUAAAGCCUGCUGGAACACACUUGAACCCAUCUCAGAUUGCUCGGGUGGCAUCCGUACAAAGCCAACCUCAGGAACUGAAGCCUGGGGUGAAAAGAACUGUCAUGCAGCGGGCAAACAGUGGUAGUGGAGAUGGGCCCCAUGUUGGCACCAAAGUCAGGGUGAUUAAAUUGUCAGGAGGGGGUGGCGAGAAUGUUGGCUUUCCUCACUCUGAAGGACCUUCUCACCGGCUUCAGCUGCCACCAGAGCAGAGAUAUCAGCCAGUCCGGAAGGUCACGUUGACGCAGGGCACAGUACAGCAGCCGCAUCAGGCACAUCCGCACCAGCUGGCACAGAUUCACUCCACACUUCCUCCUGGGCUGAAAAACAUCCCAGGGAUACAUCAAGCGAAAACGGUCCUUCCACACGGGAGAGGCAGAGGCAUGGCAGGCCAGAUGGGCCGAGGACGCCUGAUGCCAAACAAACAGAAUCUGCGAGUGGUAGAGUGCAAACCUCAGCCCUGCGUUGUGUCAGUUGAAGGGCUUUCUUCAUCAACUACGGACGUCCAACUGAAAAACCUGCUGAUGUCGGUAGGACCCAUUCAGCACCUGUACUUGGAAUCCGAAAAGCGGGAGCUGGUAAAAGCUUGCAGAUGCUGCCUCAACAGCGAAAAGCCAUUGCAAAAUUUAAAGAGCCAAGUGAUGCUUUAAGGUUUCAACAAAAAUUUCACAGGCAUAUGAUAGAUCUGUCCCACAUCAACGUGGCACUGAUAGUAGAGUGACCUGCUGAGUACAACUGGCCCAUAUACUACAAGUAGCAUGCUCUGGAGGAAGUCGCGAGGGUGGGAUCUGCCUGUGAUCUCCACUGCCAGUUCGAGGGAUCUCUUUGAAACUUCAGACUACCCUGUGGCACUUCAGAUAGCAACAGCAUUGCAGCAUUGGAAGUUGAAUUUUCAAGGAUGCAGAGGGAUUUAUCUUGAAUUUAUUGUACUGUGUUGAACACACGGAACUACAAAAUCUUGUCCGCAAAACUACACACAGAUAUCCUUCAAGAGAUGUAAUGUGUGAUCACAGUGAUUCAGAUUGAAAGAACACUAACGUCGAGAUUUAUAUAUAUAUAUAUUUCUUCAUAGCAAAGAAUAUUUGAUAAUGGUUGCUCUUAUCUUCAGUGGGGUGUGUUGAAAUACGAAGGCACCCAUGUCUACUUUUUGUAGUUAAGCCGAUAGGUGCAUAUAAUAUAGAAUAAGAUACAGAUAUUUUGUCAAGAGGCUUUGGAGCAUCUUAAAAGCUGUUACUCAUAGUGGGUCAAAUGCAGUUCUUUGCAAUGUUGUGUCCUAGGUAUACUCUCAAUUGUUUCAUUUCCAAUGUGACUUUGUAGGAAUAACCUCACCAUUUUGCCCUCUUGGCUUAAUGGAUAUUUACACCUUUGCAUAGUCUCCUAAUAUAUGGGGGCUUUUAGAUUUCCUUUAAUAUGCCUUUUAUUAUGUCUCCACUUUCUUUCAAGGAUGCUUGCAAGGUGCUUGGCCAUCUUUGAGAAAUGAACCUAUAAAUGUUUAUGUUGAUUAUAACAUGAAUGGUAGCACACAAGGAAACCAUGUCCAUUCCUGACAGGUUGGUCUUGUGAAAUAUACCACAGAUACUGAAUUUGCUUCCUCUUCUUUCUUCCCUUUGUGUUUUUCUCUGUCUUACAAUUUUCAGUAAAGACUGCAGAAGGGCAGAGGUAUAGACUCUAGCAUUCUAAGGGACAUUGAAGUGAUUUUUCUUCCCUGAGACAUGGAAGUGGUUUAGGCAAUUAUGUUCAGACUUGAAGCAAAACUCUGUUUUGUUGAAAGUAGCAUUAUCCCGUAUCGUGUCAGUAACUGUCAAAAGAAGGCAUCCUUUUUACCCAAAAGUUCUUGAUGCCCAGGUUUUAUUUGGGAUGAAAAGGGGUUUUUCGUUAAUUACUUCUAGAGGAACAUUUUGAUGCUAAUGUAUAUAUCAGUCAGUCAACAUUGUGACUACAGAUAAGAAGCGUUAAUUGAGAAAGGGAUUGGAAAGCUCUUUUUAAAAUUUUUGAAUAGAGGCUGAAGAACAGGGAGUGGAAGAUUGUUCUUUAAGGCCUUCAUUCUUAAAUAUUGGGGUUUGGUUAUUUAAACUCCAGCUCUAUAAGCUUUUUAAAAUCUCAUAAUCAUUUUAAGACACAACUGUAAGAAUAAAAAAAUUACACUGUAAAUACAGUGUUGUCCUUUUUUAAAGGCAGAAUUGUUUUGUUUUCCCACUAGAAUUAUUGCAGAAAUAGUUUAAUGGAUGGGUCAUGGUAAAGGUAUAGUCAUUUUAUAUAUGUUUUUAAAGGGUAGCUAAGAAGCGCCAUCUUGAUCUUUGUAGAAUGCUUUACAUAAAUGUAAGUAUAGAACAAGGCAGUGAAGAUGUGUUUCGCCACCCUUUAUUUAUAGUGGUUGGCAAUGCAUUUGGGAUUUUGGUCCAUUGUGGAAUAUUUUUUGUUUGAGUUUUGUGCAGGAUUGCUUGAAAAGCUUGUCACUGUCAAGUUCAAAACAUUAGAUUGCCACACACGACUGAGUGGAUCAUGGCCAUCUUCAAGAGCCUUGUUCCUUCUGCAGAGACUAAGGUGUCCUUUUGGGGAUUACUUCCUUAGUUCUGUAUUUCAGCUACAGUUAGUAAAAAUGGAGAUUUAAAAUAGAUUGGUCACAGUGAUGGCAGAACUGCAUGGAUGUACAAAACAUGAGAGAGCUGGGCUCUGUUGUAAGCUUUAUCGGUGUGCUGUUUCUAAAAGUGAGAAUACUUGUCAGAAGAAACAAAGCCUAAAUAUUUAAUGCCACUGUUUAAACAAGCUUUUUAACUCCACGGUUCAAAUCCUGAUGUUGGUAGGCCUUUGAUUUAGAAUAGAUGGUGUUUAAUCAGCUAAGGGAAUUGUGAGGUUUUUGUUAUUUAAAACCUCUGUCUUUGAGAAAUAGGCAUAGAGUGGCAUUUAAGGGACUGAUGUGCACUUUCAUGCAGUCUGUACCUUUGACUGACUCUAUGGCCUGAAUCCAGUUGUUAGUCUUAGCUAGAGAAGAUGUGUCGAGUCAGUGUGCCUUGGAUAAGUGUUUAUUUAUCAAAGUGCCAUCAAUUCGGUGGAUCGAUUCUAGAUGAGACUGACUGUCGGAUUUGGACUUAUCUGUUAAAGAUGAUGGUGUGUGUCUUGCAUGCAUGUAUCUCAUAGGCUCACAACUUCAACUCUGGAACCGAUUUAUUUUGGUUACAGGAAGGAUGGGAGCCCCUAGUACUUUGAUCUCUUUCCUUCAGGAGGAAAUGUACGACCUGGGUGGCAGGCACCCAGCCUCUUGGUUGUGUUCAUAAGGUAUUGUAGUAUGAAUGACUGAUGGUACGUUAGAACAGAGUUUAUUAGUAGGAUUGCAGUAAGGCUCUUCUCAAUGUAGAGAUGCCACUCCAAAAAAAGAAAAGAAAAGAAAAAUCACAGUGAAUAUAGGGGGUCUUGACUUUACUUAGUAUAGUGCUUCAUGGCCUAUCACCACUUAAUUUUUGUAGAAGAUCUGUUGCAACCAUUAUCUUGUUCUUUCUGUAUCAUGCGUUGAGAGUAAGAUGCAAAGUACGGGACUUGCAUUUAAUGUAUUAUGUAAAUAUUGGACUUUUAAACAAAAUUUAAAUGAAGCUGUUCACAUGCUUUACAAUUCAGCUACAUUAAUGCUUAUUUGCGGGGGGUGGGUGGGUUGUUUUGUCUUAUCAAAGUUGAAUGGGAGAAGUUCCAUAAAUGUUCAUCUUUUUGUGUAACUCUUCAAUUUUUUUAUAAAGAUGCUAGUAAGUCAAUACAUGUAUCCGGACCUGUGUAUUAUUUGUUCAUAAGGCUUCAGAAGCUUAAACGUGGUAUGAACAUUUAUCUAGUGACUACUGCAGGUAGAAGCCUUUUUCUCCUCUCUUAGAGGUCUUUCAUUUCACUUUGCAACAUUUCCUAUAAAACUUCAACUUUUCAUGUCCUUGCCAAUGGAAAAGUGCAGCUAAGUUAUGUGUAGUCAUCAGUGACUAAUGACUUGAUAGUUAACUGUUAAAAGGGCACUGCAGUAUCCAUUUGUUUUGGGUUUUUUUUUUGUUUUUUGCUUUUUUUAACAUUUGCACUGAGGAGUUUUUUUUUAGGCUGGAUAGAACUUUGGUAAUCUUAUUUCAUGAGCUAUGUAGACUAUUCAGAUAACACUGUUUCUAUAACAGCUUGGGAAAUGAAGAUGGGUUCCUUCAUAUUUAUGGUUCAGACUGACAUGGAAAUUUCCCUAUUUUGACGUUCUCUGUAUCAGUAUUUUCUUUGAUAUCCUUUUAAUCUAUCUAGCUUUAUUUAGAAUAUUGAGAAUAAAGAAAAGAGACUAAUCUCAAGUGAACUAUAAAUAUCAGAAAUGUUGCACACAUUUAUAUUUCUUAACACUCGCACUUAAGCCUAGAAAGGUAGACGGAAUGUUAAGUUAAACUGGCUAGAGAAGUAUCUAUGGGGAAAUAAUGCGGCUGUGGAUAUACAACCACUCUCACAACACGAGGGCUAUUCUAACACCCCUCUGACCAAAACAAAGCAAAAACUGGCCCGCAGAUUGUAAUACUUGGGUGCUAGAAUAAAUGCUGCAAAAAUACAUGGCAAGAACUCAGGAAUUAAGGUGAGGUUAUUACUGUGGAUGGGCAAAGUGCACUCACCCCCACCCCUGAUAUUGUUGAACUGCAACUCCACGCGUUUUUCACCAUUGACUGUGCUGGCCAGGAGUGAUGGGGGUUGCAGGCCAACAACCUCUGGGCGGAGGGGGGGAGCACCCUUUCCCUUCAUUCUUCCUUGAUUACGUGUUCCUAUAAAUGUGCUUCAUAUCGUAAAAUCAGGAAAGGAUCGUUCUCUUUUGGACCGCUGAUUUUAUGUGGAGCUAUUAUUUCUGCCACCAAGGAGAAUGUAUCCUGAAAGUAUUAACCACAGAAGAAGUGAAGGUCCUCUUGUGAUAAAUGUUGCUAUAAGAAGUGAUACAGGAAUUUGCUUUUUGCAGGCCUCUUGUCCUUGACUGGUAGCUUUUGUCUCCAGCGAAUAGGGAUCCAGAGAGCUAGUUUUACAAAGGCCUAGCCUGCCAGCUGAUGUCAGGAAUUCAGAUUAAAGAUUGCAUAUGCAGGAUGCACUUUGGAUAUACAGAAUAUUUUAGCACUUUGUUUUCUAAUCUGCCAUUCCAGUUUUAUGCACUUCUACCUAUGCCUUGAUAGUUUUAACUGCCUGCACUUUACAAAACUUUUUUCUAUAUAAUUCUUAAUGUUAGGAAAAAAUCUAAGAUGGCUUUUCUGGAUAGGAGCAUAAGUCCUAUGGUCACACUUUCCAUUGGUCUUUCACUGUGUCUGCUUUUACUUGAGGGUUUAGUCUAAUAUUACUGAUGGGCAGUACCCCCCCCUUUUGAUCACCACCUUAUAAACUUUCUUACUAUAUUAACUUUAUUUUGCAGCGACCAUUUUGGACAAAAGGAAGGGUUGGAGAAACAUUUUAAAUGCCGCUGGGAGGUGCAGCUAGAUUUUAAAAUCUAGUUUUGAAGCCAUAGGCACUUCGAAAUUCUCAGCUUGUUAGGGUUUGCCUGUAGAAUGUUCUUUUAGGCUCACCAUUACUAACAAGAUGAAUUUUACAAUAUCAGUAUAAUGAAAGGAAUAUUGCAAAAAUAUUAAAUCCUAAGGAUUUUGUGUAAGGUUUUUUUAAAUAACCUGUUUAUUUUUAAUCAAACACAUUUGACAGUCUAUUAUAUGAAAGCCUGGCAAGGGGAGGCUUAUGUGUAGACCACUGAUUCAUAUUGAAUCUCAUGUAUACCAUAUUCUGGUAUAGAUAUGGUUGGGAAGGAUCAUUUUUUUAUUUUGUGGUAUUCAAGGGAUAGAUUCCCUACUUCCAUUCCCUUCUUUGGUUUUCAGCACUCCUUCAUACAUGACAUGACAGUUCUGGUGAUAAUGUCAGCUCUU